AUGCCAAUCGAUAGAGUCGAACCACAAUAUUUUGGUGCUGGUCCAGCAUUAUUGCCAACAGAUGUUUUGAAACAAGCUUCUGCUGAUUUAAUCAAUUUCAAUGACAUUGGUUUAGGGAUCGGUGAAAUUUCUCAUCGUUCAAAAGAUGCCACUAAAGUUAUCGAAGAUUCGAAACAACAUUUAAAACAAUUGAUGAGUAUUCCUGAUGAUUAUGAAGUUUUUUUUAUUCAAGGCGGUGGCACCACUGGCUUCUCUUCUAUUGCAUCAAACAUGGCAGCCGCCUAUUUAGGUAAGACUGGUGAAAUGGCUCCAGGUGGUUAUUUAGUUUCUGGUAGUUGGUCUGAAAAAGCAUAUGAAGAAGCUCAAAGACUACACAUCCCAUCAAAGGUCCUGUUCAAUUCAAAGGAUUUUAAUGAAAAUGGUAAAUACCAAGAUAUUCCAGAGGAAUCAUUAUGGGAGGAUAAAAUUAAAAAUUCUAAGUUUUCUUACGUAUAUCUAUGUGAAAAUGAAACAGUUCAUGGUAUUGAAUGGCCAUCUUUACCAAAAUGUAUCACUGAAAGAGAUGAUAUUGAAUUAGUAGCUGAUUUAUCUAGUGAUAUAUUGUCAAGAGAAAUUGACGUCACUAAAUAUGGUGUCAUUAUGGCUGGUGCUCAAAAAAAUAUUGGUUUGGCCGGUUUAACUGUUUAUAUUAUAAAAAAGUCUAUUUUGAAGAAUAUUGAAAAGGCAACUGACGAACAGCUACAAGAGUUUGGUAUUCCAAUUACUCCGAUUGCAUCAUAUUAUCCAACUGUAGUCAAAAACAAUUCAGCUUACAAUACCAUUCCAAUUUUUACUCUACAUGUAAUGGACCUUGUGUUUAAGCACUUGAUUGCAAAAGGUGGUGUUCCAGCUCAACAAAAGGAGAACGAAAAGAAAGCUCAGUUAUUGUAUGCAGCAUUGGAUUCUCAUUCAGAUUUUUACAAUUUACCAGUCGCAAAACGUGUUAGAUCGAACAUGAAUGCAGUUUUCACUUUGAAGGAUUCCUCUUUAGAUGAAAAGUUUUUGAAAGAGGCUGAAGCCAUAAAAUUAAUUGGGCUUAAGGGUCAUAGAUCUGUUGGUGGUUUCAGGGCAUCCAUAUAUAAUGCUUUGUCGGUACAAACUGUCGAAAACCUGGCAAAGUUCAUUUCAAAAUUUGCUGAAGAAAAUGCAUAA